CUAACCACCACCAUUCACCAGCUUCAGUGGCUGCCUGCCUUGUUCUGGACGCGCGGGGGCGGCCUGCGUUCAUCGGUACAUUCGAGAAACCUCUCCGCAACCCAUCGCGUCCUUUCGCAGAUCUCUGCGCGCCCAGUACUCUGUCCCGAAUGCCGCCCUGUGCCGUCGCCUUUUCCGGAGCAUACAUGGGACUCUUCCAGACGCCACCUCCGCCUCGACGCAUCAACUCGCGCGCAUAGAAGACCUCAACCUGACGUCAUGGACGCCCCACUAAACGCCCAUACUCCCCGCGCGAGUGCCAGCCGUGCUCAUCAUCCUCCGCCAUGAACCACCCGGACGAAAAGCUGCCGCUACACUACUCAAGCCCGAUCGAAUCGUCGCGACCGGAGGACGGGCCCGCUGUGCGCGACGUCUCGCUGGCCUGCCGCUGUCUGGCAGCGGGCCUUGUCAGCUACGCGCUUUACGUCGCCUACGCCUCCUCGCGUGCCUCCCAGUCGGAGCUUCCGACCCACUUUGCGCUGCCUUCCGGCUCCCAGAUCCCCGCCGUCGCCCUAGGCGUUUGGCGUGCAAAACCCGACGAGGUCAUCUCCCCCGUUCAAACAGCUCUUGCCGCCGCUUACCGCCACAUCGACGACGCCUGGGCCUAUCACAACGAAGCCGCCGUCGGGCGCGCCGUCAACGCCUCCUUCGUCGACCGCUCCCAGAUCUGGAUCACCACCAAACUCUGGAACGAGUUUCACCACCCGGACGACGUCGAGGCCGCGCUCGACCGCUCGCUCAGCAAGCUUGGCACGGACUACGUCGACCUCUAUCUCAUGCACUGGCCCGUCGCGUUCAAGAAGGGCGAAACGCACGACGACGGGUCGCCUGUCAUCGACGAAGCGCUCACCGCGGAUCCGUACCCGACGUGGCAAAAGCUCGAAGAGAUGGUCGAAAAGGGGAAAGCGCGCAACAUCGGCGUUAGCAACUUCAACAUCCGCCGCAUGCAAAAUCUCACCGCUAACCCGCUCAAGAUACGCCCGGCCGUGAACCAGGUCGAGCUCAACCUCUUCAAUCCCCAGCCAGACCUUCUCGCUUGGGCACGCGCGAACCACCUCCUUCUCGAGGCCUACUCUCCCCUCGGCUCCCAAGACCGCGUGCGCGAUUCGCUCUCCCACCCGGCCGUGCGAGACGUCGCGCAGGGGCUGGGCAUCACACCGGCGCAGGUCGUGCUCUCGUGGCACGUCCAGCGCGGCACCGUCGUUCUCCCCAAGUCGGUCACCCCCGCUCGCGUCGUCGAAAACCUGCAAGUGACGAGGUUACCUCCUUGGGCGUUCGAGAAGAUCGAGAGCGCGGCGAACGCCCACCAGCCGGAGCGUACCAACAACCCGAGCAAGGACUGGGGCCUCGGAUACGACCUCUUCGAUGAUGAUCCCUACGACGAUUAA